AUGAAUGCAGCUUUUCGAUUUGCUGAACGACUUAAUGUAAGGUGUGUGAUCUUUCACGAUGUUGAUAUGUUCCCGCAGGAUGAUCGCAAUUUCUAUGGUUGUCCACCAACACCGCGUCAUAUUGGUGCUUACGUCAGUACUCUUGGAUAUCAGUUAUGGUACAAAGAAAUAGUUGGCGGUGUUCUGGCAAUUAGCAUGGAUGAUUAUAGAGCCGUAAAUGGUUAUUCGAAUUUGUACUGGGCAUGGGGCGGCGAAGAUGACGAUAUGGAGAUUGUGGAAUGA